GCAUACUUCUGCAGUUGUUGAGGUUAUUGUCACUCAAUCUACUACUAGUGUUUCCUCAGGAAAAUUAUUCACAUGGGGGAUGGAGACAAAGAAACCCGACUUAAGCCCACGUGUGUUCUAGCACUAAUUGAUUACAAUUUUCACAAAGUUGCUUGUGGGCAUGGCUUAACAAUUGGUCUGGCAACAUCAGAGAAUAUUUUUACAAUGGGAAGUAUUGUGUAUGGUCAACUUGGGAAUCCCUUUGCUGAUGGAAAGAUACCAUGUUUAGUAGAAGACAAGCUUUCAGGGGAAUGUGUUGAAGAAAUUGCAUGUGGUGCAUAUCACAUCGCAACUCUAACUUCCAGGAAUGAAGUCUAUACUUGGGGAAAAGAAGUUAACGGUAGGUUGGGCCAUGGAGAUAUUGAAGAUCGAAAAACUCCUACUCUGGUUGAGGGAUCUAAGGAUAGACAUGUCAAGUAUAUAGCUUGUGGUUCAAACUAUAGUGCUACUAUAUGUUUCCAUAAAUGGGUAUCCGGUACCGAAGAAUCUCAAUGCUUGGCUUGUAGACAGGCUUUGGGGUUUGCCAGAAAAAGGCAUAAUUGCUACAACUGUGGACUGUCAUUCCUGCAGUUCAUGGAAAGCACUAAGAGCAGCUUUGACCCCUAAU